AUGUCGUCAACUUGUCUUCUUGUCGAGGCUUUCGCGUCGUUGAAAGAAUGUGAUUCAUAUGCAUAUACAACCUGUUAUCAAGCAUUCUGCUCAGACAAAACGGAUUCAGCGACAAUCACGGCACUGCUUUGCCAUCUCACACACGAUUCUGAAAAUAUAUUUGUUCUCUGGUCAAUAUCUCAUUUUAAUUUGUCAGCAGCAAAAAAUCCUACGAAUGAAUUGUUUUUCAUUUUCUCGCUCUGCAUUUUUACAAUCAAAAUAAAUUUUCAACUGUUUUGUGAGAUUAAAAGUCUGAAACUACCGGUUGGAAACUUGAUGGACAAGGUGGAGAUGAGCGAAGCUUAA